CACCUGUCUUGUGCUAGCUGCAAGAGCAAGAGAUGGGGAUAUGGAGUGGAGAAGUUGCAUUUGGCGGAGAUACUAGUGCUGGGCAAUGUGAACCAUACAAACCACCCUAAUCCUAGUGCGCUACUGGGUCCUGCAUUGAGAUCGACCGGGCGGGUCUGUUGUACGAGCUGGCGGAGAGGGGAAGCCUGCACCACUGGCUGCACUCCAACAGUGAGCUUCCACUCUU